AUGGUCUUCGACAUAAAUGAAGAUUUGGAGGGUACCACUGUUGUCCAAGAUGAUGAGUGUGAAAGAUCUUACAGCCUACUAUAUAAGCAGUAUGCGAAGCAAGAAGGUUUUGGGGUACGGACACAGAGGACUAGGAAAGAUGAUGAGGGGAGGCCUGUGUAUGUGACCGUUGGUUGUGCCCGUGGCGGAAAGUACCAUCCUAAGAACAAUAAUAUCUUGAAGCCACGACUAACAACUAGAACGGAUUGUAAAGCGAAAGUAAAUGAGACGUUAAGCAAGAAUGAUAAGUGGGUUUUCACCACUGUUAAAAAUGUGCACAAUCACAUAACUGUGAGCCCUAAGAAGAUAAGACUCUUGCAAUCUCACAAACAUCUAGAUGAAUACAAUCAAAGGAUCCUCGACCUUAAUGAUCGAGCCGGUAUACGAAUGAACAAGAAUUUUUAUUCUCUUGUCAUUGAUGCGGGGGGUUUUCAGAAUCUUCAGUUUCAAGAGAAAGAUUGUCGAAAUUUCAUUAACAAGGCUCGACAUUUAAGGUUGGGUAAAGGUGGUGGAGAAGCACUUAAUCAGUAUUUCCAAAGAAUGAGAGAUCAGAAUGAUGGGUUUGUUUCUAACAUGGACUUGGAUGAUGAAGGAAGGUUACGAAAUGUAUUUUGGGUAGAUGCUCGAAGUCGAGCGGCAUAUGAGUAUUUCAGAGACAUUAUAACCUUUGAUACAACAUACCUAAUAAAUAGGUAUGGGAUGCCUUUUGCUCCAUUUGUUGGUAUUAAUCAUCAUGAGAAGUUAGGAUAUCAUGCACAAUUCAAUGCGGGGUUGAAGACUGACAUUCAGACUGCAUUUUAUGACACACAGACCAGCACAAAAUUUGAGGAGAGCUGGAGUCAACUACUUGCAAAGUAUGAUCUAGUCGGAAAUAAAUGGCUUCAAUCCUUAUAUGAGGAAAGGUCUUUUUGGGUUCCAGCUUACUUGAAAAGUGUAUUUUGGGCUGGAAUGAGCACAAUACAAAGGUCGGAAAGCAUGAAUACAUUUUUCGAUAGUUAUGUCCAUUACGGUACCACAUUGAAGGAAUUCGUCGACCAAUUUGAUAAUGCUCUUAGAAAGAAGGUGGAGGUAGAGACAAUGACUGGUUCAAUAGUAGAGUCGACAUUUGAACAAACAAAGGUCAAAGCAAAGGUCAUCUUGGAUAAACGUAAGAAGAUAUUAAGCCCCAAUGUGGUCCGAGGGAAAUGGAGACCCCCAAGUAAGAGGAAUGUUCGACCAGUGAAAAAGAUGGCAACAAAGAGAAAUAUACUGACUUACAGGAAAAUCUUGGUAGAUAAAACACAAUUGGGUGACACACCGGAAUCUCAAUAA